AUGGCUCAGCUGUCGUCAAGUUCGAGCUCGGCUGGUCAGACAAGGGGAGGUCGUCGUCGAAAAAGACCUCAUCCUCCUGUGUAUGGCGGAAUUAUGAAUUCUUUUAGCGACAGGAACAGUGAUUUUGUUUGGUAAGUAGAGCGACUGUUUGAAAAUUGUCGAAAGACUACGAGAAAAGAAUGUUCUUAACAAAAACAAAUUGAAUAAUUUUACGAUAAACCUUUUGUUGUGAGCUGUGGUGAAGGCAUUUUUUUUGCCUGAUGUGAUUAAGUUACGAGAAUCUCCCUUACCAUAAACUGCGUCUUUGUUUUACAGUCCGAUAUGCUUUGACACCAUCGAUGAAGCUUUUAUGACUAAAUGUGGACAUACUUUCUGGUGAGGAUUGACAUGUUCUUGCAUUCAUUUCCCUUGCUAGUUCAUUUUUUAUUUAGGAUACUGUUUCCUAUUUUUCCAUAAUAAUAUCCUGAAUAAAUGGCGAAUAAACUAAUGAUGGGGCAGAAGAGCUCCAGGUGGUGAUUUAAUAUAAAUUACUACUUGACACAGAGAAUAUUCUUAGCAAUAAUUAUCAAUUUACACGCCCUCUCACUCCUAAACUAUGUUAUGACAAGAUUAGUUGUCACUCUAUAAACUAAAUCAGAACAUUUUUGUGGUACUCUUUUUUUUCUCAGGAUUUUACCAAAAGAAAUUUGAAAUUUUUGGAAAUUAUUAGUUUGGCUACUAUUGGAAGUGAAAGGGUUGUAAUAGGGAGCUUAAGUCAAGGACAACAGCAAUGAAACAAGAAUGACAAAAAAGCAAUAAGUUUUCGUUGGCAAAAGAACAACUCUGCAGGCUUUUUUGUACAUUUCUUUGCCGUCGCUGCAUGACUAUGAUUUGAUUAUGCCUGAUUUCGCGUUUUGUGGAGGACGUGAACACAGUACAAGGACUUUCUUUUUCUUUUCCUGAACUAAACGAGAUGGAAUGAGGGUGACAAAGUUUGAAUCAGCGGAACUUUACCUUUUAAGUGAUGUUUUCAUAGCCAUCGCCGUCCUUAUUGCUUGAGCUCCCUGACAAUAAAGCUAUGCCCUCAUUUGUCUUCUGGCUCUAAGAGAGGUGAUUAUAAAGUUCAUGGUACAGUGCUCUCAAAGUGACAUUUCUCUGUACUGUAACCUUCUUCCUGGGAGCGUAUGCAGAAUGCAUGGUUGCUUUUGAGGGAGCAGUGACUUGACAACUUGUUAGCUUGCCAGUCAGCUUGACUUUAAUGGUUCAAGAGCUUGAUAGUGUGACAGUUGGCUUCGUUGACUAGCUGAAAAGCUACCUUAAUAGUUGUUUCUGUGUCCUGUCCUUUUGAGUAUCUCUGUUAAUCCACUGAUACUGAUAUAGGCUGAUCAGGCCUCUAGCAAAGAUACAUAUCAAUGCCCCAAGAAAUUAGAAGUUGAAAUUUAUCUUUGAAGUUAUAAAUAAAGAUAUAAGUAAUCACUCUGGUCUUCCAUAUUCAGAAUAUUGUUAAAUUCAUAAAAUUUUUUUAGAAGAAACAACAAUAAUAAUAGUUAUUGUAAUAUUAAUAAUAAUAGUAAUAAUAAUGUUAUUAUGAUUAAUAUUAAUAAUAAUAAUAAUAUUAUUAUUAUUAUUAUCAUUAUUAUUCCAUUUGCAGUAAUGGUUUAGCUUAAGCUUGAGCUUGGUCAGUUGUCUUCAGCAUUUUCCAAACUUUCUGACAUUUUCUUGAGCAAAAAAUUAUUGUUGCCAAUAGUUGUAGUACUAAUAACUUGUGAGAUAUGAGUUAAAAAUGGUGAAGGUAUGGUAUUUCUCACUGGACUCUAAAAUUAUGAGAGUGAAUAAUUCAGACUGUCACCUCCUUCCACCCUCACUCUCAACCAACCUCACUCAAAUUUACAUACACAGCUGUUAAAUAAUUGGUUUUACUUUUUAGUUAUCAGUGUAUUACUCGAAGCCUUGAAGAAAGCAACCGCUGCCCCAAAUGUAACUACAUUAUAGACAAAACCGAUCAGAUUUUUCCUAACUUUCUUUGUAAGUAUUUUACAAAACGUUUUUUAAACUAUGUUAUGGUAAUUAUUUAAGGAUAACUUGUACAUAGAUCUUACACAUUGGCACAUUUAGCACACUUAAGUGUGCUAUCUCUGUAAUGCUAUUAUAUAACAAGAUUAUUUUUCAGAGAAAAUUGACCUGACCAACUAGGGAUAAUUUUCCCAACCAAAUUGGGGGUUAAAUCUAGUAAGGCAAGAGUGUCAUCAUCUUUAAGCCAUAGAUUUUCUUUAGCAAGUUUAAAUAAUGGCCACUAUUUAUUUUAUUUAAUCAUUAUUUUGCAUAUUUAUCAAGGAUUAAAUUCGAUAAUUUACCACUUGAGUUGCAACCAAGGUAUGAUUAAAAAACAUAUUGUAAAAGAAAAGAGAGAGGAAAAUGCUGCAUCAUGAAGGGAAGAGCCUUUUCUGAUAUGCUGCCUAGAACAACUUGUUUGAGAACAGAUGUCAAGAGGGGGUGCAUGUUAUCAUGCUUGAGCAUUGUGGGUGGGAUUUGGGGAUGUAUUAAAUUUUAAAGUGAUCAAUUCUUGCAGCUGUGUAUUAUCCCAUCAAGUGCUUGGGUUUCUCAGAAAAAUAAUUCAAAGUGUGUAAUCUACAGAUGUAUAAUAUUCUUGCAUGACGCAGCACUUAAUAUGAAUUUGCUUCUUUUAUUUGUGGCAAAAGUUCUCCAGUGUUCUCUGUAGUUUGUGCUGAGACUUUUACGUUUAUGUAUUGUUUGAGUGUCAUUUUAUAUAAUUUUUGUGAUUGCAGUAAAUGAGCUUGUUCAAAAAUUCAAGGAAAGAACAGGGCAAAAGAAAAGCAAGAUGCUUCCAGAUUCUCAGGUAAGUUUUCAAUCUUGAACUCAGUUAACUGAAACAUAAAGCAUGUAGCUCUAACUUUUGGUUUUGUGGGAAAAUUGUCUGACGUCCAUCUCACUGAUGUAAUGAUUUCAGCUCUACUUUUGAAACAAAGCUAAACCACAACAUGUGCAACAGGGGGGAAUGUUGAGAGAGACCAUAGUAAAUUUAUGAAGGAUUAAUAAUAAUAUUAUUAUUAUUUCAUGUAGGUGUAAAAGCAUUAGGCACCAUCAACUUCUAAUGAACCUGAAACAGGAGGCUCUAGCAAAAAUGACUGUAUCCCAGGCAUUUGUAAAGCAGUUGAACAUACAAGUCGUGGACAUGUGAUGUGGCCUCCUUUGUAUUAAAUAAUAAUUGUUUUUUUUUUAAGCUUCAGGUAUCAGGUGGUGGAGUUCAAGAAAUUUUAUCUGGUGAAAAUGAGUGGGACUUAGCAGGUAAAGGUCUCUGCUUUUACAAUCCUUAGUUUGUAUUAAAAAGGUUGCUUUUCUGUUCUAAUAUGUGGCAAUGGUUACUGUAAUACAAGUAACAAGAACGAUUGAGUAAUAAUGAUUAAUGAGUUUAUGGUAUACGUUCAAAAUAUUUUGUUUUUUCUGAUUGGCUCCAAUCCCCCUGCUACUCAGCUAAUUCUUCAUAACCAGCCGGCGCUGGCCUAUUUGGAAGCCCAAUAACCAACUUAUUUGAUGGUACCGUAAAUGAUCUAAUAAACGCCCGGGUCAUUUAUUUAAUUUUAGGGGUCCAAGAAGGGGCGUUUAAUAGAUGGGAGGCGUUUAAAAGAGAGAGGCAUUUAUUCUCGUAACUUAUUUUAACGAACUCAACCUAACUGUAUACAGUAUGCUUUUGGCUAAAAACGUUUUUGUGUUAACAGAAUCUCGACUGCGGGCUGACAACUUAUCUAGAAAUUGAACAUGACAUGAUACACAAACUGAUGUUAAUCAAGCAAUGAAAUUAAUAAAUUGAUUGAUUUUGCUCUAUUUUGCCAUUUCCUAGUAUUUGGGGGCAAUUUUCAAGGGGGGCAUUAAUUAGACAGGGGGCGUUUAUUAGCGAGGGGCAUUUAACACUAACUUAACAGCAUAAGGGGGGCAUUUAUUAUAUGAGAGGCGUUUAUUUGAGAGUGGGCGUUUAUUAGAUUGUUUACGGUAUAUUGCCCCACUAUAUAAUAACAACUUUGUUCCCAGGCAGUGACACAGCAGCCUAGCUGUUUAUGCAUAACUGAGAACAAACAAAGAGUUCACAGCUUUUCAAUGAGAAAUUAGCCAAAUUUCUGACUAAAACUGAAUGGAAGAAAUGCAAGAAUAUCCCCCCAAAAAAUGCUUGAUAGAUGUCAUAACUUUUUGAAGAGUAUCUGCAAGAAAGGAGUAUCUGGUUAAAUCCUGAAACCAUGUGAGAAAUAGACAAAGUUUUGAAGAAAGUCCAUAAGGAUGCAAGGUUGUUAAGAACGUAGAAACAUUCUGAAUGAAUACCAAAACAAUGAUUAUUGAAUUCAGUUUUUGUAUGAUGCAAAGGAUAAUCAGAUAUGGGAGGCUGUUAUCCACUUUGAUCUUUGGCUUUGGUGGACAACAUUAUCCUUCACUGCAUAAAUAAUCCUUCACAUCAUACUCAGCCUCAUUCAGUGGUUGUUAAGUAAUUCCCAACUUGAGUUAUUCUGUCUGGAAUUAGGCAAGCUACAGUGUAAGUGAUAAAGAACAUGUAUUUUUAUUGUUAAAACCUCUACUCUUUGACAUGUAGAUGUUAAUUACUUGCUGGAUGUAUUGACACAGAAGAAACAACAGCUUGAAGCAGUAAGUAUGAAACAAAGUCAGUUUUUGGGACAUCAGAUAUUACUACAGCAAAUCAGCAUCAUUUUAUAAUGUGGUGAAUGACAAGAUUAGAAAUAUUUUUUAAAACCAUUGAACUACAGUUUGUAUAAUCUGUUUGAGAGCAAUUUCUCUUUGUAUGGCCAGUGCAGUGCAUGUACAUAGUCAUGUCACCCCCACCUGGGCAAUAACCAACAGAAAGAACUGUACAGUACACACUUUAGUGAAAAGUUAGAUGCUAUUAUUCCAACUACAGAGUUGUCAUCAAACCAGUGUAGCAAUAUUGCAUCACAUGUUAAAAUAAUUCUGAAAAAAAUUGAGCCGAGAGGUUGCUCUUGUGAGUUUACCUGUGUCAGUAAUUAUAACAAGGUAACAACUUUUCUUGCAUUUGGAAAGAAGAUCCAAGUAUUUUUCCUCUGGAAAAAAAGAUGUUCUGAAUACAAAUACAGGACUGAUUCAAUCUAGUUGGUUGUAAUAUUAUUGCAGGACUUUGUUUCUUUGUUUUGACCACCUUGCAAAUGUGUUAAAUAUUAUCUUAUUAUUUUAUUAAUUAUAAAUCUCAAUUCUGAAUGGCUAUCAGCUGCCCUAAAUUUUAGGGCUUAUACGUCAGUUUAAAGGACAGUAUGUGUCAUGCCGAAGUAAUUGGACAGUAUGCGUAUGUUGUAGUUGAUUUUUUAUUUCAGUUAAUUUCUGUUUUUCUUUUGUUUUUGGGUACGGUAAUAUAUGCUAAUGAAGUUGCAACAAAAGGAAAGUAAAAAUUACCUGAGAUAAAAAAUUAACUACAACACGUAUAUUGCACAUGAAUAGAAUAGAAAAGCCAGAGGACUCAGCAUACAAAUUUGGCCAGAACUCUUGAAAUAACUAGUGUUUUUCAUCUUAAAAAAGCUUAAAAGAUCACAAAUUUUGUUGUUUGGUCAUUGUAUUUCAAUGUUUUUUUAACUUUAUAGGAUAGUCAAGCAGUCCAACAUGAGCUUUUGAAGGAUUUCCUCUCACAGGUUAAACGCCACAAGCAAGAGGUACAUUGUUUUUUUCUUCCAUAGGCUUGAGCUCCUGUCCAAUCAUUGAUUUAUUAUAAAUAUCAUUAUUUUUAGCAACUUGAUCAGCUGACAAGAGAAGUGAAACUCAUUGAUGAAGACAUGAAGAGAGUUACAGAGAUGAUAACUAAUCACAACCGGCAGUAUCCAUUGACAGUUCCUUUACUGACUCUUCCAGGGGCUGACAGACUUUUGGUUGGUGAAGUGGUAUGUUUAAAAGGGAAAGGAUUUCCUUCCUAUCCUUUCAUCUUACAUUUCCUAAGUUGUUUCAUUGACCUUCAUACAGCAUUGACCAGUUCAGGAAAUAAGGGUGUGGAAUUUGUGGAAUGUGUUCCCAAGAGAUCAAUCAUGUGACAAGCUCAUUAAAAUAAUGUUUUGACUCAAAACUUGGUAAUGAAACUUGAAAGCCUCUUCUUGAGGCUCUAGACUUAUUUCAAUAAUCAAAAAUUAAGUCUUGAGCCAAACAUUGUAAGAACAGCGACACAAGUAACUGCCAUUAUAUUUUGUCAUGACUGGUGCUGUACCUGUAGAGUUACCAGCCACAUGUUAGGUUCCCUUGCCUCCAGAAAACUCUAAUAUCAUUUGCUUCCAGUCCACUUUGUUGUCAUAGUUUAUCUGUUAAGCUGGUGUUAAGUCUUCUGCUCCUGAUAGUGGCAAAAUGUGAAAAAAAAAAUCACAGCUUCAAUUGUAUGGCGACAUAAUAGGAUUUCAUCUACUGAUAUAAAAGUUGCGGUAACAUUUCAUCCAAUCAUAACAUGGUGUGGGAGUUGAAGAGUUAAAAUAACGUACUUGAUUUUUUGUGCUUCGUUUCUUAAGGAAAGUACACUUAUGAAGCUGUAUGGGAACAGGGAGGGUGUUAACCAAAAUACUCCUUUGGUUAAGAUAUUGUUACUUUUUAAGCUAAUACAGUGUUAUUUCAUGGUGUCAUUAUUUGCGUACACUCAUUCAUUACAUUUCAAGAAACUGAAACCUUUUUUCAUUUCUUUCCUUUACAGGAUCAUGCUGUACCAACAACUCCAACAGCCAAAACAGCACCUGUUUCAGUAGGUUCAGACGUUGAACCUUCAACCAGGUGACUAUUUUGAAUUUCGGUGUUUGUGAUACAUAGCAACAUAGUAACGAUGAAGUGGCAGUGUUUCCACAGGGAAGGAAAGGCCAUGCUGAAAUUGAAUUAUUCAGAAAACCAACUUGGUACCAAGAAUGCAUAUGAGAAACAAUCACCCCUUUACAGGCAAACAACCACCUACCUACCUACUUACCUAUCUCCCCUCAUCAUGCUUCAUUACCAUGCAUAAGGCCUCCACACUUCCCUGCUAACCUGCUGUAUCCCUCAGACAAGCUCUUGAUUCAUCCCACAACCCUUACCCCGCCUUUGCUCUCUCCACAAAUCUAGGGGUAUUCGGCUAGCCUCUUUAUUCUUUCCACUGCUAUCCUGAAAAGUGUGUGAAAAGUGUGUCUGGUCUCAGUACUGAUAUUUUUUAUGGGUGUGGGACGUAAACCUAUUGCCCAACCCCCAACCUAGAAGGCCAGUCAAACAACUACAGAUAUCUGGAUAGUUGCAGAUGCAGUCUGGUAUUGCUGUCUAUGUGUGCUGAUGUUUUGUAAAUAGAAGAGUUAAUGAAGUUUCCCUCAAGUCAACUUGUCUUGGAAUGUGUUGGUGAUGUUCUACCUACAUGUUUCAAAUGCUUGACAUGGGAGCCUUUGCAUUAGGGUAGGCUUAAGAUACCACAUAUAAAUAUACUUGUAUAUUAUGCAAUAUUUUUUGUCUUUCAGUCAUGAUGACUCAUGUGACCAAACAGAAGCAGCUCAAGAUGGUUUUAAUGGAAGCCAGCAUGUAUGUAGUAUAACAAUAACAUUUGAUACCAUUGUCAUGUAGUCAUAGAUGAUUAAAAAAAUGGCCAGAUGUUGUCACUGACCCAGGGCUUGAAAAAAGGCUCCUCUGGUAGUCUGGGACAAGUAGAUUUUCUUGCUGGGUAAGCACAUGUAACAUUUAACUCUUUAAGCCCCAAGAUCCACAUACAAAUUCUCCAGACUGAUCUCCAUAUAUUUCUUUUGCUACUAGUUGAGAAAAUUUGAUUUAGGAUCAAAGCGUUCUUCCUUUGGUAAUCAAUUUAGUAAUUCUCGUAACCUUUACUCUUGAUGAUCUGCUGAUGUUGUUAGGAGAAAAUUGAUGUUGGUCACUCUUGGGACCUAAAGGGUUAAAGAGCUUACUUGUCCAAUGGGCAACAAGGGUGCUGGCAAUCCAUCCUCUGACAAAAUUAUUAACAAAGACGAGCAAGAAGUUGUCCUGGGCAAGCAAAAUGCGAGAGCUGCUUGCCUAAAGGACAUGCUGGAAUUUCAGUUUUGUUAGCCCUGGUGAUCAUGACCAACUUGCCAUAGAGUGUUUACUAAUUUUGGUCAACACCUGUACAAUGACUGACUGUUAUUUCCAGUCCUGUCUGUAUGUAGCUGAAAAACUUGAAAAUUUACGUUACUCUGCAGUUUUCGUGAUUCAUGGAUGUUGUACACAGGGCUGCCACCAAGCUUUCAGUUUGUCAGAUAUAUGCUAAUGUCAGUAGGCGAGAAUUGAGCAGCUACAAAGUUCUUUAUUCUACUUUCCUUUUGUUUCCUCUCAAAGUAGCCAGGGAUGGUGCUGAUCAUACUACCCAGGGAAAAUCCCUGCCACUCCAGUUUGGUGACAGCCCUGUGAACAUGCUAAAAUGUAUGUUGUAGGAAUACAAGAAUGCUUCAAUUAGCACACCCUUGAGGCUAAAAAAUGGUAACUUAAGCACCCUCGUUUGGUUAAUUGCCCUCCUCCUCCCUCCGCUCAAUAAAAAUCACUUACAAAAAUAUGAGAUACAAGCAGAAUAGAAGGAUUUUAUUCCCAGAACUCUUGGGAACUUUGAGUGCAACUACAUACGGAUUUGUGUUUUGUCUUACAGGCAGGUUCAAGUUUUUCUUAUUUACUGUUACAGUUUGUUUUGACUUAAAAUGAGAACAAUAAUUUCAAUAUUUGGGGGUCUAAAUUUGGAAAAAAAAAUGAAAAAAUGAAGCAAGUCCCCCUACCACUUCAAAUAAUUAGUGCUCCUUCUCAAAUCUGAAGUUUAAGAAAAAAGUGCCUAAGGUUCUAAUUCGAGCAUUUGAAGUAUACCGUAAAAUUCCGAAAAUAAGCCCCUCCAUGUAUUAGCCGUCCAAAUAUAAGCCCCCUAAAAUCGUAAUGCAAAAAAUCCUCCGUUAAAUUGCCCCUCCAAAUAUAAGCCCCUCAGGGGGCUUGUACUUGGAAUUUGCCCUCGAAUACAAACUAAGUUAAACAAAGCAAAAAUGGUAAAUUUCCUUCCCACUGCAAGCUACACAAAAUUUCCCUCCGGCAUAAGCCCCUCCGUAUAUAAGCCCCUCCAAAAAUAAGCCCCUCAAAAAGGGCCUUUGAAAAAUAUAAGCCCCGGGGCUUAUUUUCGGAAUUUUACAGUAACUUUUAACACUUAUAGUGCAUCUUUGUCUGUCAUAGGGAGCAAAGCAUUUGUUAUGCAGCACUAGUCUGGCUUCAAGAAGGAAACGAAUUCACCAACACUUUGAUGAUCUUGAAAGAUGCUACUUCUCCAUCAGACAGGGUGAUUUACCAAGUAAGAAACUUUGGAUUUGAAAUGUUCAAAGAAAUGCCAUUGUUGAGGCCUCGUGGGAGAAAAAUUCCGACAAACAAAAAAUCCUUGAAACAGUGACAAAAGAUAGAUGAAAUAGUGGCAAACGAUGCAAAGGUGUUUUGCAAUUGUGAAAGCGAUGAAGAUAAAAGCAAAUAUAGUAGUAAAUAUACUGACAGGGGCAUAACUUUUGUCUCAGUACUCGAAAUAACUUGUUUUGAAAUUCAGACUUAUUGUCCGCCUUAGUGGUCAGUCGCAAUGUGUGAUUUAAGUAGUUUUUUGUUUCUAUGUUUAAUUUGUGUGUAUUCAAUGUCUGUCAGGUGAUGCCGGAGCAUCAGAUGCCUUGGAUUAUUUCACUGAAAGCCUCGCCAAGUUUACAAAAUUCAGUGGUUUCCGUUGCUUAGCAACACUUAGUUAUGCCAGUGACAUCUACAGUUCAUCUAGUAUUGUUUCAAGGUGAGACCGUACGUAACGGUAUGACCCAGCUGCUGAUGACAAUUAUUAAUAAUGCUCAAAUAGAGAUACUAGCUGAAAAAUCUUUUGUUUUUACGAGAUAGUGAGAAAAUUGAAGCUAGAAUUGCACAAAGUCUGGAUGGUCAAGCAUAUUUGCUGGCUUUGUGACAAAGAUCUUUGUCACCCUGAUUUUCAGCAGCCAGUUUGUUCUGACAACUUCAUAACUUUCUUUGCAGUUCAAGCUAUAAAGAUCUGAGAGUCUUUUGCUACAGUUAUAGUUGUUAAAUUUUUUGAGUGAAAAGAAGUGAAAAAAGGAAUUUAUUAGUCCCCUCCUAUUAAGCAUUUUCUUAAGUUUAACAAUGUGUUGUUUUCUUUUUCCAUACAGUAUUGAAUUUGACCGUGAUUUUGACUACUUUGCGAUUGCUGGAGUCACAAAGAAAAUUAAGGUACUAUAUGUGAAAGAAACCGUUUCGUUUUCAAUUUCGUUGUUGGGAGACAUCAAGGGCAGAAAGUCUCUUUUUUUACUUCAAUCUACGCGUUUAUAGACAUGCAGGAGGUAUAUAUCCCAAUUCCAAGAGUCAGUUUUUGCUAGUGUUUAAUUCGUCUGGCUAUCAGAGCUUUAAGGGUUAAGUAGCAGGUUGCGAGAGUAGUUAAGUAGCAGGUUUCUGAGGCUUUACACAGGUAGUUUAUAGUAACAUUGAGUGUGGAAAGCUGCUCUUAAGAGGUGGAGAUGGAAUUUAAUUUGAUGUGCAAUAGAAAACAGUAAAAGCGUUGACCUGACUAAAAAGGGUAAUUGCAGGAUGAUAAAAACAGUAGAAGUAAAUGUUAUUGCUGUCUUGAGGGUGCCUUCCUUUGGGACGAUCUGAAUCAGGAUCAGCGAUCUUAGAUAGUUCGGAAAUUGAGCAACAAAGAAACUGAUGAAUUCUUUCUUAGUGUGGAUUCAUGAUCCGAGGGAUCUCUUCUUUUAGUCAAACGUCUAUAAUUUUGCCAGGCAUUUGGGUGUGUAUAGGUAAUGACAUGAUUUGUAGUGAUAUUUAGCAUAAAUACCCCGAGUUUUAUUUUGAAAUUGUUAUACAUAAUUUCACGAGCCGUUAGGCGAGUGAAAUUUGAGACAAUUUUGAAAUAUCACGAGUGGUAUUUAUGCCAAAUAUUGCGUACAAAUCGUGCUAUUAUUUGUUUAUACUACUACCCAGAAAAAGUUUGUGAUUUUCACAUGUAGGUAUUUCAGAUUAAGGUGAAAUACCACUGCUCUAAGCCAAUCAAAUGGAAGAAAUUUCUCAUGUAGUGGUAUAAUGUCAGUAAUAGUGUGCUGUUCAUAUUGUCAAAGUUGACUGUAUUGGAGAGCUUUGCAAGUUUGCCUUAUGCCUGUGCUGCUGCCGACAAACUUAGAUACUUGAGUUUAACUUUUGUGUAUUAUGUAUUUUUUUUUUGCUCAACAUCAGGUUUUUGAAUAUGGAACAGUGAUAAGAGAUGUUGUGGAUAUUCACUGUCCUGUUAAUGAAAUGGUUUGCAAUUCAAAAAUUAGGUAGGAUAAGUUCAUUUACAGCGGCGACAUGUCAUAGGCUUCUAACUGUUACAUUUAUGGAUGAAAUAUUGAUAAUGCAUUUUCUCAAUUAAGUUGUGCAAGUUAAGUAAACGUUUAACGUGAGCAGCAAAAAGAACCAACUCAGUCUGACUUUUCACAGAUCUAAAGGCCCUGAUUUUCACUGGAAACCCUUGAAUUCAUUCAGAUAGCCCAGGAUUUCUAGUUGGAAACUUGAAGAGCUGUGAUUACUAGACCAAUAAGAAAGGGAUGCUAAGCCUGAGGACGGAUAUGAAUUAAAUCCUUCAAUGUGGCCAUUCACAAUAACACCAACAAUAACAUCAGUCGAAUCCGUAGAAUCUCUUGUUAAUGAAGAUGGAAACUGUCUUAUAAACUUAUUGCAAGAAAAGCCAUUAAUUGCAGUUACAGUCAACUCUCUCUUUAACGGAUACCUUUGGGACCGGAACGAAGUGUCCGUCGUAGUGUGUUGUCCGUCUUAUAGAGAGUCAAAUAAAGGGGUAAUGAGAGGCAGGGACCAACUCAAAGGUGUCCGUCAUAUUAAGGUGUCCGCUAAGAGAGAGUCGUCUGUUGUCCUUCGUUAUACACACAACAAUUUUUCUGGCCCAACAUAGACUGUUUUGUUGUUCUUGUUGUUGCAGUUCUAUCUGUUGGAGCUCAUAUCACAAAGGGCUGCUGGCCAGCAGUGAUUAUGAGGGCACUGUUACGUUAUGGGAUGCAUUCACUGGAUCAAAAACAAGAUCUUUUCAGGUACCUGGUGUGCUUAAUUUAAAUCUGUAAAACAUUGAAACUGCAUGAGCAGUAUCUGAUAGAAGUAUACGGGCAAAAAGCUGAACUCGUUGAUUAUUUUGAGUAAAAGUUAUUUCGUAGUCUGGUGGGAAUUAGACUUGGAGAAAUGUUGUAUUUUGUUCUACAGGAGCACGAGAAGAGGUGUUGGAGCGUAGAUUUUAAUCAUGUUGAUCCAAAACUUUUAGCCUCUGGAUCUGACGAUGCAAAAGGUAAUGAAUUAUUUGUCCGUUUACUUUCAUCCACGAGCAACAAUUCGUCACCGUUUUUCACCAAAGGCUGAGGGUUAGAGUAAUGUUCAGGGCUGUCGCUAAGAUUUCAAUUUGCCGGCUAAAUACAACAAUUAAGCGUAGAAUCAAACGGCUAGGGAUUUUUUUGGUUCUACUUUUCUUCAUUUUGAUGAAAAUAACCCCGGGUUCACCUUCAUAGCAGCCGAGGGAAAUUCCCGUCCCCGGCCCUUAAUGACAGCCCUAAAUAUUAUAGGUUAGCAGAUCUGAGUAGCGGAGAUCUGUAUGAUGUGUGCAGCCAAUUCAAAAAAGGUUGCUUUUGGCAUCGAUCAGAUGACGUCAAGUAUAAUAUUUUGUGGUUGAAUUUUUUAAAAGAACUAGCAUGUGACUGGUUCGAGUUCACUGAGAUCUUUCGUGGCAAAAAUUUAAAAUUAUCGUCAACUCACAAACGUAUUUUUUUCCGUUUUCUAGUCAAGUUAUGGUCAACAGACAUGGAGCACUCGGUGGCUUGUUUGGAAGCUAAAGCUAAUGUUUGCUGUGUAAAAUUCAACCCAGAGAGUAGAUACCAUUUGUCCUUUGGCUCAGCAGGUAGGCAGGUUUACCUCUGAACAGGUUUUACUUUGGAAGGUACCACUAUUAAUAUUUGAGGGAUAAAAUCCCCACUAAAUUGAAGAUAAAACUGUCUUCUUUCUUUACAGAUCACUGCGUUCAUUAUUAUGAUUUACGGAACCAAACUAAGCCAAUAACAGUUUUUAAAGGACAUAGAAAAGCUGUAUCAUACACAAAAUUUAUAAACACGGAGGAAAUCGUUUCUGCGUAAGUUUUCUAGUUUACGGAGUUCUUUGCAUUACCUUGAGUCUUUUAGGCUGGACGCAUACCAAUCCAAGUGCGUCUUUUUGUAGCCUGUACAGGCUCUCAGCUGAUAGAGGGGCAGUCACGAAAAUAGGACGAGCGAGAUCUGGGAAUAGUGCGGUAGCGUGAAAAAUACUGGAAAAAUAACACCCGGCCUCUCUCUCCCCAGUCCCCGCGCGUUUUCGCAUCAUUUUUUACUGCACCAGUGUACUACUGUAUUGGAGCCUGGCACAGGCUAGUCCUUUAAACGAGCGGUUGAACGUCUCAAUGGCGACUUCUCUGAACCGUCUUGAUCCUUUAAACGUUGUAAUUGUUAAAUCGGACUUUGCAUCCGGGAACCGAAGCAAUUUAUUUUCAGGGUCCCUCUUGUAAAUUUUUGUUCAGUUAACAUUUUCAAAAAUUUAUUUAUUUGUCACUUCAAGCCAAAGGUCUACCAGUGUUCACGCUUAACUUGAAUUUUAUUGUUCAUUUGUUUUCUGCAGAUCAACAGAUAGUCAAUUAAAACUCUGGAACAUCAGUAAGCCGCACUGUCUUCGAACUUUCAAAGGCCACGUUAACGAAAAGAACUUUGUUGGACUGGCUUCCAAUGGAGAUUACGUUGCUUGUGGUGGGUGAUUCUUGUUUCGCAACGCUUUGGCUACUUCAAGAAUCUUUAUACCCUUGAGAACAGAUAUAAUUAUAUUUUUUGAGUACUCUCCACCGCGCUUUCGCUACCAACGGCUUGGAAACUAAAAUUUGAUAGCAUUUUGUUUUGAGUAAGGGUAUGGGCAUGAUUUUCAGUUGAACAUGCUUAGCGAGCGUAAAAAUCGCAUCCAGUCUGAGGAUUAAUGAGAGAGGGAAAAUUUUAUAUAUUUAGGCAUGACAAAAUUCAAGGGAACAUUGGUACUUAGAAACAACAUCUCAUAGGCAUGGAAAAAAUGGGUUCAUGCCCUCGCAGCCCAAAAUUGACCCAGCUAAACUUAGUUCCCAGAUCUCUCGCCGGGUUGAUAAUUCAUUCCCAGUUUUUGCUCCUCUGGUUUGGCAUGCCGGGCAUGCAGAUCGUGAAGCCAGUUGGUUUGGCAUGUCCGGCAUGCCAGGCAAGAAAUUGGCAUGCCCAGCGAGACUGAUUUUGAUGUUCGCUACAGCAUCAUAUCCUGAGAAUCACAUAUAAUCGCCAAAUAUAUCUUAGGGAGCUUGAAAUGACAGGUUUCAUGCCUGGCAAUAAAUGCAGAUUAUAACAAAAAAAGUCAUGUUUGUCACAAUGUGUGUCACGGGAUCGACUGGCAAAACCGAAGACAGAAGCCUGGAUUUAUAAAUAAAAAGCACGACAAAACAACAUUAUUCAUGCAUAAAAUAGAAUACUUAACUUGCAAUCAAAGAUUAAUCCUUUUAUUUCAAACCGAUACUGACAUUUCUGGGUCCAUAUUUAAAUUUGAUCCCGGAAAAGCGUCUUAAACAAUAAGAUAACAAAUCUUCUCCGUAUAAACUUAUUCAUGCUUAAGUUUUAUCGCGUCGGAAUGUUUCCUGGUCAACAGCAUAAAAGACUGGUGAAAAUUAAGCUUACCAGGUCGUUCAAGUCAGUACGAGAGUACGACGUUAAUACUGCAAAGACGUUCUGAUCUGGUGAAUUUGGACUGCCUUCUCAGAGAGAUUUUGCUUAGUUUUUCAGUGCGCUUCUUGUCGGUUAUGCGAAUCUCGCAACCUUUUUAGUCCUUGCUGACGAUAGUCCUUUGAGCAACGUCAUCUGCGUCAUCCGAAGAUACCCCGAGCACGCACGAAAUCGGCCGAAUUUCCGCAGAAGUGUUUUCGGAUGACGAUGAAUCUAGUUUGUUGUAGCGUGGCAGUUGUGGCUUCACGAUGUCGUCAUGUCUCUUCGCAUUUGUUUGUCUUUUUUUUCUGCGGUGCAUGGUUGAGAUGUUGGUGAAAGCUGGACAAGAAAUGGAUUCUGCGAGAGACUGUAAGUACAAAUUUAGUAUUAAUUUGGUAAAGAAAAAGCCUGAAUAUCGAACAAAUCCCGUGAAUUAGUCUUUUGGCAUUCAGUUUAUCUUACUGUUGAGCAUGCCUAAGAACUCCGGCAUAAGUGUCAUAAGUGGUUGUCAACUCGUUCACUUCGGAUUGUUUCUGAUUGUAUGUCUUGUAAUCUUCUUCUGCUGCUAAGAAGACUAGAGAAAACCUCAAAAAUAAAGAAACCAAAGCUAAAAAAAGUCAGAUCUAAUUUUAUAGCUCGAGUAUAAUUAUUUUUGGCACCUACGGUCAUAUUUUUUCACUGUACUGGUAAAGUUACUUAUUUUUGCUGCAUAGUUUGACUGUUGUUCGAAAGACAAUCAAACGGAUAUUACAAUCACUUUUGGAGACAAAAUAAAAUAUCCGUAAAUCAAAUGCCAAAAUCAGAUUUGGAUUUCGCUUUAUAAAAAUGAACAUGCUGCAGGUGUCAAUGCAAAGUUGUAAACAACUCAGUAUAAGUAGUCUGUGAAUGUGCGUUUAGGUCCACAAAACUAAUAUUUCUUUUGGACAUCUCAUCCAAGCAAAGACUUAAGGCUUACAUUGCUUGUCUACGAGUGUACUACAAAAUGCUUUGCUACAGUAAGCCUCUGAGAGGCGAUUCUGGUAAAUUUAUAGGACGCUAAAAUGCAAAUAAUUCUAAGCUUAAACAACCUGGCUGGGUCCGACUUUUGAAUUACAAAAUGUUCACGUUUGCUGGCUGUACUUUAAAUGAACAUGGUUUUUGAAAUGAUUUUGUACUAUUUUAACCCGAAAAUUAUCACUGGGUUAUAAAGCUUUUAAAACGGACGAAAACUAAGCUAAUAAACAUGUUCAAUGUAAAAAACUAAGAUUUAGUCGCUUUUUCAACUUUGCUUUGUGGACCGAAAAAUUUACCUUUACGCAAAAACAAAAGCAAACAAUGAGGCUUUUAUUCGACAUAUUUUCUCAGAAUUUUAUCUGAUCAAUUUAAUGUCACUAGCAUUGUUUUCGUAUAGGAAUUUUCCUAAUUAUAUGAGCUUUUACUAUAAUAAUUUUGAUACUCUAUAAACUUCUCAUUUGAUAGCUUCACUUUUUUAUACACCGAUUGAGAAACAAAUUCGCUCUCGUUAGAUCCUAUUUUAUGACCUAUUUAUUAGAACUCUAGGUAACAUACCAAAUGGUGUAAACGGACAGGCUUUAACCUUUGGUCCUAAUUUAUUUUUUCUUCGCAUCCCCUAAUCAGUUGACGGGCCGUGGGAGAAUAUCGCCACAAAAAGAUGCGAAAAAGUUUUCGCUGAGUUUCCUUUACAUAUUUCGGCUUUAUAUGGGUCUACACCUUACCUGCUUAAAAAUGAAACUGUUGUUCAAUUAAGCCAGUCAAACUCGGUAUAAUCUUGACUUGCAAAUCCAAAUGCAAAGGUUUAUUUCGCAGUAGAAGAGCGUGUAAACAUCAUCGAACAACGCAAUGUAAAUUGGCUAAUGUGAAACCACGUUUCUUUCACUUUAUUUACCAUGCAUUUAUCUCAAUUGCACACUCUUGUGAAAUUAGCCUCAGACAAUUAGCAGUUGCGACCUUUAACAGACUCAACAAGCCAGUAUGAAAAUAUGUUAAGAGAAGCUGAGCUCUACAUGUUCUUUUUCUUUUUUCUCAUAUUGCCCUUGCAUGUGUUAACAUUCCAUUUCUUUUUUGUUACAGGUAACUUCCAGACAUGACGAGGAGAUAAUUACUUUUCUAGAGAGCAAUUCUUUGAUACUGUCAGUUAUUACUGACUUACUUUGAGUUAAAAACAGAGAAAACAGACACUGGUAAUGACACAAAAACAUUAAUCCCUGGCAAGCCUACAAAACAAGAAAGAGGAACUCAGACUCCUUAUCAAAAUGUGAAACAAGAUAAAAACAGCUUUUCUAACGUAGGGAAAUUUGCUUUAGAGAGAUUUGUAAUUGCAACGUUAUAUUCAAGCACAUUGCAUUGUCAAACAUCAUAAUUUACUGAAAAAUGAACAAUGAUUUUGGGGCUUAGCUCAGUUUGUAAUGAACUUUGAAAGAUAUUCUAUAACCUUGUAUUUUUAAAAGCUUUCAUGGAACAUAGAUGCAUUUUAUUAUACAAUGAAAAUAGUGUCUGUCUCUCUUUUUACUGAUUUCAGUCAAUUCCAUUUUAUUCGCAAUGUGAAAUGGGAAUCCUAUUAAAGACUCAUUAAAAGGGGUGAGGAGUUUUUACAAUCCCCCAACAGGUCAUCUCCACGAUGACGCUGUUUUAUUACUACGGCAGAAUCCCUCAGGGUUUUACUUUCUUGUGAAAAUUAGAGCUUUUGUUAUUGAAACUUCGCUGGAACAACCAAAUGGAAAAGCAAUGACGUCAUCGUGUAACCGUACAUCAAAAGAUAAGCACGGUGAUCUGUUUAGUUUUUUUUUUUAGCCAGGCUUAAAAUAUCUGUAGAUUCAAGGAAUUAUAACCUGUGCGUUGAGAGCACGCCAGGGACCGAUUUUGGCAUGCCCGGCAUGACCCAGAUUAUGGCACGCCCGGCAUGCUAGAGAAUUUGUCAUGCCGGGCAUGUCAGAGAAUGUGGAAUGCCCGGCAUGCCGGAGAUUUUGCUGGGUAUGAAUUACUUAUUACUAGAACCUAGGCUUCUCGCGGCCUGGGUGAGAAGGUCACGGAACCUCAAAUUGUACUUACAGGGCAUGCGAAAUUCUGUUGCAUGCCAAUUUCAAUGCAAAACCACUCUGGGGCCACCCCCUCUAUUACCAGUGAGCAAAUCAUUGACGAUAGGCAUGGGAAAAAUCCUUGCAUGCUAACCAACAUUGAAAACGUAGCAGAAAUGUCCUCAGUUGCUGAGUCAUGCCCUAGGGGAGGCUUUAAAAUACAGAAUUUCCUUACAUGGAUGAGAGAAUUUUCCGUAAACAGCAUGUGAUCAUGCCGGCUAGGACGCAUUUCCUCCGUAUUGCCCCUUUUUACAGCUAGCUAGGUUCAUUUUUUGGUUCCAUGGCCUGAAAUGACGAAAAAUUCAUGCCCUGAAUGUAAAAAGUCCAAAAACUUCCUCGAAAUUUUAGUUUCCAAGCCGUUUACCUGACAAGCACACGUAUCACCACGGCUUCUACGUGUGCGGUAACUGUCAUCCUGUGCUGGUAAAGGGGGAAGGGGUGAUGAAGAAUUAUUUUUACAUGGCUAGUUCUGCGAACGGGAUACAUGAAUUGAAUCCUGUGUUGUGAAUUGCUGUCCGAGCGGGCAACUUGGGCCUAUCUCGCCCGCUUUAAAUUUCCAGAUUUGGUCACGCCAUGUAUUAAAUCCUCUAUUGACCAAGCUUUUUCGAUCACGAUGGGUCGAUAUCGGCCCCAGUUUCGGUCCCGGUUUCGGUCCGGCCAUGACAACGCAACAAAAUAACUUGACCAAUAUCCAGCCAUCUUCACCCCAUGCUUGAUCAAUAACGUAUGGCCUUCAACCUUCCUCCUUUGGCGUUCACCAACCUUUGCGUUCACCCAAUGUUUCGACAUCAACACCCCUUCCGUGGGCCUGUGGUGUGUAGAAGUUAAAUGUGGUUUCAGUUCACCGGUCUGUAUACCUGUUUGUCUGUUCGUCUGUAUAGGUUUGUUCUAAGCUGUAGCACUUGCUGGCCGUGAAUUUUCCUCAAAAUAGUUGUGAGCGAAUCUUUUCAUUUACAGGAAGUGAAAACAAUUCACUAUAUUUGUACUACAAGGGCCUUUCUAAGCAGCUACUGACCUUCAAGUUUGAUACUGUGAGAAGUGUACUGGUGAGUUGGAAUUCAGUGUAACCCCACGCCUUUUUACGUUUUAAACCUUAAUUGUAAUGCGGCCUAGAGUUUGGUUAGCAAAAUUUUUAAGUGUGAUCACUCAAAUGUAAGCAUCCACUUUCUGACAAAUACUUUGCAAAUAUGUGGACAACAUCCUAGAAUGUUAACUCUCAGAUAGUAAUUUUAGUGAUUCUAGCUAGCUUGUACUCUGUUGGUAUAAAAUGUGUUCGCUGUGUGUAACACCUUUUUCAAUUCUUUUCAAUGUUUUUGCUUUGUUGUUGCACUUGCACAUCUCCCACAAUGCACCUUAUUUGCCCCCCUAUUUUGCAUAACCCUUUGUUUUUCAUUUCUCCUGGGUAUUAUAGCCGUCCCAAGAGAAACUGUAAACAAGGCAUGCUUAUCCAAAAUUUUGGGGGGGCAAAUAAGGUGCAUUGUGGGAGAUGUGCAAGUAGCGUAUAUUUUCUUUGUUAUAUCUCCCAUUUUCCUUUCCUUUUUUCCCAUUUUUGAUACCAGUCACAUUAUUUGUAUCCCAGACCCCUUAUAUUCCUUAGCUUCUUCCCGGGAACCUCUUUUUACCCAUCUUAUUUGAUGGCUUUAAUAAUUUCAGUAACUCGACUAUAGAUGGGGAAAAGUUCAGAGGCGGCAGUUGAUUCUAUUACAUACCAUUUCUAAUUUCAUACUCCUUAGUUGUGACUUCUGAUUUCUUGGUUAUUAUAUAUCAUUACAACCUGAUAUUUUUUUUAUUUUAAAGGAAAAAGAUAAAAAGGAGGAUGAUGCGAAUGAAUUUGUGAGCGCAGUUUGCUGGAGAACAGUGAGUGCAUUCGUUUUACAUUUGUUUGUGGCCUCUUAGAAAUGUACGAAAAAAAGACCAAAUUGACAGCUGCAUUUGUUAGCAUAUCAAACUUUGCUUAUUGUUCAGUUUGCAUUUUUGGAAGACCAUAGUGCUUUUGUUUCUCACCUUCUUUUGUAUUUCGAUCAGCGGUGUUCGACCUCACUCGGGUAUGAUCGGUAAAUUUUCGGUGGGACAUUUUUUUUACUUAGUAGUGGUCUAGUGGGGGAAAAAUUUUAAAGUGGGAAACAAAACGAUAAAAGAGCCACGUGAGAGAUCGCGCAUUCAAUAAAGCUUUAUCCACCCAUGAAGCUGUCGCUUGUGAAGACACACUGAGUGCAUCAGGCAAUCGGAAAAAAAAUACUGCCUUCUUUCCUUGCCCGAUUCCUAGUCAGGCACGCAGGUACGGGUGGAUUUGAGGCUCAAUAUACAACCGUUCCGCCGGCUUUUCUGAAUUUUCAAUUGCUCAGUCAUUAUUGUUUUCUUGAUAAGCUUUGCAGUCUGCCUUAUUGCGCGUUGCAGAAACAUCUCAGCUGUAAAAUGACUUUGGUUACCGGCUUAACCUUUUCUUUUGAUCCUGUUCGAACAGGGCUCCAAUGUUGUUGUUGCGGCUAAUAGUCAAGGGACCAUUAAGGUAUGA